AUGGUUCAGAACGGAGGUGACUUCGACCUCGACAUCGACAUGGCUACUAACGUCACGGCCGAACAGCUGCUCGCUCAGUUUGCUCAAAUUAAGGAACUCGAGAACCGCGAAAAGUACUCGCAGAAGUUGGUUAACGAGGCCUACGCCAAAAUCGAGGCACUCGAGGGCGCCAAAGCAAAGCGCAUCAAGAUCGAACUACCUGGCUCGAGGGACCUCGCCUAG